AUGACCCAUACAGAUCAUAGUUAUAACGCGUACACAAAUAAGUUAAAUGCUGACGUGACCGUCCAAACGUCUCCUCUUUUCCAACAUUUAAAAAAAAACGUCAUUUAUAAUUUUCAAUCUAUUUCAGCUGAAAGUUUGGCAGUUUAUUGCAAUAACAAUUCAUCGUGGUUGUCUGUUGCUUCGGAUAUAAAUAUAGAGUUCAGGAGGAUAGACAAGAUUACCAUAGAUACGAAUAGCAUAACAAAGAUUGUAGCCACCGACAACUGGAUAAUUAAAGUGACUUCGUACAAGUGCUACUUUGCGCACCAAAGCGAUACAGCUCUGAUAGUAAAUAAAAGUGACACUCAUGCUCUAUCACCAGACAGACGGGGAGGAGUGCAAUAUGUUAACAUAGAGGUAACUCCUACAAGACCUGGUGCUAGGUCUUUUGACAUUAGAUUGAAUGCAUUGGAUUUCAAGGACUUGCAAGAUAGAGUGACGCGACCAAUCGUGGUUUUGGACAGUGUCGUCUUUCAUCGAACUUUAUUGGAUAGAUUUAUAGAUACAUUUAAGGAUCAAGUAGGUAAAAAUCGAGAGUUUGAAACUGCUCAGGAGUUGGAACAGUGCGUUGGAUGUAUGCAAGUUACGUCAAAUGUGAAACUCAACAAACUCUGUAACGAGUCCACGUCACCUGAUGCCUGUGUUAACUGUUAUUGUCGACCCAUGUGGUGUAUAGACUGUAUGGCAAAAUGGUUUGCUUCCAGACAAGACGAAAUGGCGCCAGAAACUUGGAUGUCUUCCAAGUGCACGUGUCCCGUGUGUCGUGCAAAGUUUUGUAUGCUAGACGUGAGUUUUAUAAAGCCGUUGGAAAAUAAUGACUCUUGAUUGAUUUUUAAUACUUUUAUUUUGUAAAUAUACUUUUAUUUG